GCAAGAUUCUCGUAGUUUUCCGGUUUUCUGUCCGGUAAAAGCUUUUGUUUGACUGUCGCUUUGCUUUUGCUUUCGAGGUUCAACUGUGCAAGUGCGGCUAAUCUGCGUCUAGAUUUGGAUUUUCCUCGAAAUAAAGUGAACCAACCAUGCUGGAGUCUAUAAAUGUGACAGAGCGUCUCCACUGGCCAAAGGUGGAACUGUCCAAGAAAUCCGUCCUCAACAGCGACAAGGCGGUGAGUCCAAGUCAGGUUUAUCUGGACAAGUUCCCCGCAGACGUCCUCAAAGACCUCCUCACGCUCCGAUCCACCAGCUACAACGUCCUGCUCCAGGCCGAAGACGGGGAGAAGAAGAGUCCCAAACGCUCACCGCAUCGAAGGAGGAAAUCGGUGAAGCAAAGUUUGUCAAUAAGCAAGAAAAAAACUGUUUCUAGAAAGAGCCAAGAAGGUAGCAAAGCCAUUCAGAGUAACUAUAUAUUUUCAAGCAGUACUUCUAGUUUACCCAGGCCUGGUAAAAGUAGUAUGUCCAUCGUGGGGAGUACUUUUGGGUUAGUCCCACGCUCGUUGCAUCUCAGGAAAGCCUACAUCCCCAGUUUAACGUCCACCAAGCUGCCGUAUCUGAACAAACCGGUGAAACUGGAGGAGGGGGAGAGUUCCAGAAGGUUCUGCAUCCUGGCCGCAAUCAAACCGACCAACGUGGAGCAGGAGAAGGCCAAGUUUUUCAAGUCGGAUUUCACCUACAACCCGCAGUUUGAGUACAGUAACCCGCUGCCCCCACUCCUACUGGCCAAACAUGGAACUGCAUCGGAUCGUUUUUUGGCUCAGGCGGUGCACAUCAUGGAGGUGGCUCUGCAGAGGUACGGCAGCUACGAGCGCUUCGAGCAGGUCACAGGAGGGAGUCUGCUGAGCAAGAGCCGCAUCUGGACCAGCGUCAAGAAAUACAUGGAGAAGGAGGGCUGUGUGGGGGAGAUCGUGGUACAGGUGACAGAUGACCUUCUCUCCAGAGCCUCCAUGACGGUGGUGAACAGCAGACCCACUCUCACCAUCAACACGGCCACGGCCAGAGAGCACUGGCUGGAGGGGAUGCUCAGACACGAGAUCGGGACUCAUUACUUCCGCGGUCUGAACAACGUGCACCAGCCGUGGAGCACCAACUCAGGGCGAAGGAGGCACAAUCUGAGGCCCCUGAACCCCACAGAGGAGGGCCUGGCCAGUAUCCACAGUGUUCUGUACAGAAGGGACCCCACCCUCUGGAGAGCCGCCCUGCUCUACUACACCGUGUACCAGGCCAGCAGCAUGUCCUUCUGCCAGCUCUUCCACUGCCUGGGACGGUUCCUGCAGGACCCCCACACGCGCUGGGACUACUGCGUCAGGGCCAAGAGGGGCCAGAGGGACACAGAACUGCCAGGUUGCUUCAGUAAGGAUCAGGUGUAUCUGGACGGCAUCUUGAAGAUCCUUCGAUACAGAGACAAGAUCGACUUUCCUCUGCUCAUGUCUCUGGGGAAGGUGUCUUUUGAGGACGUGGACAGACUCAAACCUCUGGCUCAGAUGGACAACAUUCGGAUUCCUCACUUCAUGCAGGACCAGUCCCAGUAUCAGGAGCAGCUCACCAAGAUCAUGGCCGUGAACCAGCUCACGGACGAAGAACUCAGGACCCUCAUCUAAUUUAUCCUCCACCAAAACCCACAAAACACACUGCCAGACAUCCCCGGCAUGACGACAGCAGUGUGCGUAGUGCAUGUUAAUAAAAUAAAAUUAAAUCUUUAUGUGCCAAAUAUGAGAAGGACUGCUUUGGAGUUGAUACCUCACUUGAGUUAUUUUUAUAAAACUUUUGUGCCAUCUAUAAGAAAUUAAAUGACAGAAACUCCACAGAAAGGUAUGAUAUAAAAGAAGUAGGUCUGUCGCUAAAAUGCAUAUAUUUUUCUUGUACAUCUGAUUAAUGGAUCAUUUAAAGUUGUUAAUUAAACGGCUCUUACUC